AUGGCCUUUAUACGUAUUCAUGAGCGACCUACAGGUCUUAUUGACAUUGUAGAACAUCAAUCAGCAACUCCUAGCACCUUUUCUUCACAAGUUCUUCAUUUUUUUUCAAAAAAUGCUCAGUUUAAGACAGUUCCAAUGAUUGAUUUAUCUGGACAGGUUGAUAUUUAUAUUACAUCAGAAAAUAUGAUCAUUUUUUCUGAAAAUCUUUCAUUGGGUCUUCAAAUUCCCUAUCCAAAGAUUAUUCUUCAUGCAAUCCACCAAACACCUCAUAAUGCAUUUGAUACUACAUGUAUUUACAUACAAAUUGAAGAUUUAGAAGGAUUUAUGUCAACAAAAAAUGAUGUAAAUGGCGAUCCGUCUGAACUUUACUCUAAUAUGGUUGAAUUGUACAUUUUGCCAUCUGAUCCAUUAACACUUAAUGAUUUCUUUGCAGCACUUUCAAAUUGUUCAUCACUGCAUCCAUGUACAGAUCAAAAUUCGGAUGAAAAAAUAGAUGAAUCUAGCUCAGAACAUGAAUGGAUCACACAAGCAAACGGCAAUCCGGAAACUCCAGCUUCUGCAGGUCAAACACGUACAAGAGAAGAGGAAGAGAUAAAUGAAACGAAAUGGAGAUGUACUGAUUAG